GGAAACAGAAACGAAAGAACUGUCUGGAAUCUAAGAUGUCUGCCGUGAAAGCAUUGAAUCCAAAUGCUGAGGUCGUAAAAGCCUCUCAAGCUUUAGCCGUCAAUUUAAGUGCCGCGAAAGGUAUUCAGGAUGUUCUUAGAACGAAUCUCGGGCCGAAAGGAACAAUUAAAAUGCUUGUUUCCGGGGCCGGUGACAUUAAAUUAACUAAAGACGGCAAUGUUUUGCUUCAUGAAAUGCAAAUUCAACAUCCGACCGCCGCCUUGAUAGCACGUGUUGCUACAGCACAAGACGAUAUCACAGGGGACGGAACUACAUCGAACGUCCUCAUCGUUGGCGAAUUACUAAAACAGGCUGAAAUGUAUAUAGCCGAAGGUCUACAUCCUAGAGUGGUUUCUGAAGGUUUUGACAUCGCAAAAAAGAGAGCUCUAGAAUUUUUAGACGAAAUCGUUAUGAAGAAAGACAAUGUAGAUCGCAAAGAUUUAAUUUCUGUUGCUAGAACAUCUUUAAGAACAAAAUUGAACGAGUCUCUUGCUGAUUCUCUAACUGAACAUGUCGUAGAUUCUGUUUUAGCAAUUGAAAAGCCUAACACACCUAUUGAUCUUUUUAUGGUCGAAAUUAUGUCGAUGCAACAUAAAACAGAUAUGGAUACUACUUUGGUAAAAGGUAUCGUAAUGGAUCAUGGAUCCCGUCAUCCAGAUAUGCCUAAGCGUUUGGAAAAUUGCUUUAUUUUAACCUGUAAUGUCUCCUUGGAAUACGAAAAGUCAGAAGUAAACAGCGGAUUCUUUUAUAAAUCGGCAGAAGAACGAGAAAAAUUGGUAUUAGCAGAAAGAGAGUUCAUCGAUGCUCGUGUAAAGAAAAUAAUAGAACUAAAAAGAAAAGUCUGCGACGGGAAUGACAAAGGAUUUGUCGUCAUUAAUCAAAAAGGAAUUGACCCACCAUCUCUUGACUUGUUGGCGAAGGAAAAUAUAAUGGCUUUAAGACGUGCUAAGCGCCGAAAUAUGGAAAGAUUACAAUUAGCUUGUGGAGGAAUAGCUAUGAAUUCUGUUGAUGAUCUUGUCCCAGAAAAUCUGGGAUACGCCGAUCUCGUUUACGAAGUAGUACUGGGAGAAGAGAAAUUCACCUUUGUUGAAACAUCCAAGAAACCUAAAUCAGUUACCCUUCUAGUGAAGGGUCCGAACAAGCAUACAAUUGUUCAAAUUAAGGAUGCACUACGGGAUGGUCUAAGAGCCGUAACAAAUGCUAUAGAGGAUAAAUGUGUUGUUCCCGGUGCUGGAGCUUUUGAAGUUGCCGCUAGCACAGAUUUAGUAAAAUUCAAGAAUUCCGUAAAGGGCAGAGCUAGACUUGGCGUACAGGCCUUCGCUGAUGCACUACUUGUUAUACCAAAGACCCUAGCCCAAAACGCUGGAUUGGAUCUUCAAGACAGUAUUCUAAAAAUACAAGAGGGACAAGAGAAAGGCGGAUGGAAUGUUGGGUUAGAUUUACUGACCGGAGAAACUUUGAUACCUAGCGAUGCAGGAAUCUAUGACAAUUACCGAGUUAAGAGGCAGAUAUUGAAUUCUUGCACUGUUAUAGCCAGCAAUCUUUUAUUGGUAGAUGAAAUUAUGAGAGCCGGACUAUCGUCUUUGAAAGAAGCCUAG